UCUCGCCGACUUUCUCACCACUUUCUCUUCCAGCAAAUUUUCCCGAGAAACAAACAGGUGGGAACCAAAUAAUUUCUUUCUUCACCGUUAUCCGGCUUUCGCGGAUCCGUCGUAUUCGUGUACGGAUGGAUUAUCCUCAGCUCAAGGCGGUGACGCUCACGCACGUUCGCUACAGGCGAGGCGACCAGGUCGGCCACUUCCUCGCCUGGAUCUCGCUCGUUCCCGUCUUCAUCAGCCUUGGUGGGUUCGUCUCUCACUUUCUCUUCCGCCGUGAGCUUCAGGGGAUGUUCUUCGCCUUCGGGCUCGUGAUCUCACAGUUCGUCAACGAGGUGAUCAAAACGUCCGUACAACAGGCUCGUCCCGAGACCUGCGCCCUGCUCGAGGCCUGCGAUUCGCACGGAUGGCCUUCAAGCCACUCGCAGUACAUGUUCUUCUUCGCGACCUACUUCACACUCAUGACCUGCAAGGGAAUAGGGUUUUGGAUCGGGCUGAGGAACCGAUGGAUCGUGAAUCUUCUCCAUUGGUGUCUGGCUGUUCUCACGAUGAUUUCCAGGGUUUACUUGGGCUACCACACUGUGGCGCAGGUCUUCGCCGGUGCGACUCUCGGGGCGGUGCUCGGUGCGACUUGGUUCUGGUUCGUGAAUUCGGUGCUGUAUCCGUAUUUUCCGGCGAUUGAGGAGAGCACGUUGGGAAGGACCUUCUGUAUCAAGGAUACUUCUCACAUUCCUGAUGUUUUGAAGUUUGAAUAUGACAAUGCAAGGGCAGCUAGGAAGAAUGUGGCCUCCAAAUCCGAUUGAUCGGCGAAAUUCUUGAUCUGGAGGUGAAGAGCUCAACUCAUGGGGGACUUACACUGGCGAGUCUAUUUCAUGCGUCCUCCUCCUUUGACCCCUUUAGCAUAUACGCAGAGAACUUCACUCAUUGCUUCGUGCAACAGAAACAAGAAAAUCUUCAACGCUAUUUAUUUACUACCCAACUUACAGUCUUACAGUGGUUUUACUUCUCUCACCCUCCCUAUCUCCUACAGGAAAACAAAUAUUCAAUAUAUAUAUAUAUACAUAUAUAAUCGUGUAUCUUUGCUAGUGUCGGGUUUACCUGAUGUGGUCUCUACAAGGGGUCAUUUCGGGUUUCGGUUAUAUUCAGAUUCGGAUUAAUUUU